AUGGCCCACCAACAACGACCAGCCCCAUCAACAACCAACGACACCGCCUGGAAGUCUGGCCUCCGUCCACCACCCAAAGACUUUCGCCCUCAAACCGAAGAUGUAACUGCAACCAAGGGCAUGGACUUCGAGGACAUGUUCCUCCGGCGAGAUCUCCUCAUGGGCAUCUUUGAAGCGGGUUUCGAGAAACCAUCACCAAUCCAAGAAGAGGCUAUCCCCAUCGCACUCACAAAACGCGACGUCCUCGCCCGCGCCAAGAACGGCACAGGCAAGACCGCCGCCUUCGUCAUCCCCUCCCUCCAGCAAGUCGACAUCACCAAGAACAAGAUUCAAGCUCUCCUUCUCGUCCCCACACGAGAACUCGCGCUCCAGACAAGUCAGGUCUGCAAGACUCUCGGCAAGCACAUGGGCGUUCAGGUCAUGGUUACCACCGGCGGUACCACCCUCAAGGACGACAUCAUGCGCUUGGGCGAAGUCGUUCACGUACUUGUCGGCACCCCUGGGCGGAUACUGGAUUUGGCGGGGAAGAACGUCGCGGACCUCAGCGAGUGCCCAGUGUUCGUGAUGGACGAAGCAGAUAAGCUGCUUUCCCCCGAGUUUACGCCUGUUAUGGAGCAGCUGCUUGCGUAUCUUCCCAAGGAACGUCAAGUCAUGCUCUUCAGUGCAACGUUCCCGAUGAUCGUCAAGGAUUUCAAGGGAAAGCACAUGCGGAACCCCUACGAGAUCAACCUCAUGGAGGAGCUUACUUUACGUGGCGUCACACAAUACUACGCGUAUCUCGAGGAGAAACAGAAAGUGCACUGCCUCAACACCCUUUUCUCGAAACUUCAAAUCAACCAAUCCAUCAUCUUCUGUAACUCUACCAACCGUGUCGAACUUCUCGCGAAGAAAGUCACGGAACUGGGUUACUCCUGCUUCUACUCGCAUGCCAAGAUGCUCCAAUCACACCGUAACCGGGUCUUCCACGAUUUCCGCCAUGGCGCCUUCCGUAACCUUGUCUGCUCAGACCUCUUGACGCGUGGUAUCGAUAUCCAGGCUGUCAAUGUCGUCAUCAACUUCGACUUCCCCAAGAACGCCGAGACCUACCUCCACAGAAUUGGCCGUAGCGGUCGAUUUGGUCAUCUCGGUAUUGCCAUCAAUCUCGUCACGUACGAGGACCGCUUCAAUCUUUACCGCGUCGAGCAGGAGCUGGGUACGGAAAUUAUGCCCAUCCCUAGCGUCAUUGAUCGCGGCCUUUACGUCGCACCCGGGGCAACGGACGAACCCCAGCAGAAGACGCAGCAGCAGCAAUCUCAGCAACGAAACGGAGCCCCUGCCUAUGGCCAGGCGCAAGCUCAACAGCAAAACGGCAGGCAGGCGCAGCAGCAAGCCCAGGGACAAGCACAGAGGCGAUGAGAGAGCGAUGCGAUGCUUCUCGUUUUCUUCUUCUGUUUGUAUUCUUCCCUCUAUUCUAUCGUACGCCGUCUCUUCAAUGUUCCUUGACACUGCUGCCCCAUCCGUCAUCGUUCAAUCAUUCCACGACUGGUUUUCUCCAUCGACAUUGAAACGAACCUCAGCUUUCACACAUAACGCUAAAUCCCGUCCCGUAACGUAUCCCCUCUGUGCUAUACACACCCCAGACGCCAGUGCUAUUCCUCCCUCUGAACCAUGAAUCACGCAUUCCGAUCAUUUCCGCCUGCGUUAUUCCUCCACCUAGUUCCCGAGUUAACAACUCGUAUCCACGCAUCAUCCUCGCUCUCAAUGUUCUGGUCGCCCCUCGCGACUUCCCCCGAUCAACUCAACUGUCACCGUAAUAUCACUCUACGGACCUCUUGCGCCUGGUGCUUGAUGUGCACCCUCCGCUCUCCUCAAGAUUUUCGACAGCCUUUGUCGAUUUUUCAUCAUCAUCAUCACCAUCGCCACCAACCCUACCUAUCACUCGCCCUGUCCUUCCUCCACAACCUACCCUUCCACGUCAUCGCUACCGCCCACUCAAUAC